AGACCGAAUUCGGGUUUUCAUGAAAUUACUCGUAAUUUCAAAAAUACAAAACUAAGUAAAAAUAUUAAUUAUAAAUCAUUUUAUGUUGAUAUAGUUACAAAAUUACAUUUAGUUUGACUAGUUUUUGUUGUAAAAUAUGGAUGAACGUUCCCAACAAAAUCUUAAAAUAAAAGCGAUGGACGCCGCAAAAGCUGAAAAGAAACAUAAGAAAAAGAGCAAGAAAGAAAAACAUAAGAAGUCAUCAAAACAUAAGAAAGAAAAACGAAAAAAGAAACAUCACAACAUCCCAUCGGAUUCUGAUGAGAUUACAUCAAAAUUAUCAGAUGGUGCUUUAACACCUAAACUACCAAUACCUUCAACUUUACCUCCAACAAUAAAUCUCGAUGAUGAUCUAUCUGCAGAAGAUAUCCGGAAAUCAAAGGAAAUUUUCUCAAAACUUAUCGGGAAGCGUGAAAGUCAAGAGAAUGGCGGCUCAAAGUUGAAGAAGCCAAAAUUGAUAUCUACAGAUCCAGAUGAGCUAGUGAAUAUCAUAACUAAGUCGUUAGAUAGUAAAGCACUUCAGACUACUGUCGUAUCAUCAGAAACUGAAAGUGAUGGAAUGGUUGAAGAAGACUGUGAAAGUCCAGACGUGGCGGUGAUUGAAGAUGAGCUAAAUUUGGAUGAACUCAUGCGACAAAAAGCUCUUCUUCAAGCAUGUCUUGGAAAUUAUGUUUCAGAUUCUGACCAUGAAGAAGUCUCCAAAUCUGAGCGUAUUAAAACCACAUCAAAGGAAUCCAAACGUAAAUCAGAGUCUGACGUGAUUGUUUUGUAUUCAUCACCAGAACAUCAAAAGAAUGAUGAGAAUCGAAGAAGAAAAAGUCCUGUGGAAAAGAAAUCAAGAGACGAAAAGAGAGAAGCUCGAGAUUCGCCUCAACGAUAUGUUGAGAAGAAACGAGCAGAAGAUCGACGUAAACGUGAUAACGACAAUCGAUAUAAAGAAGAUUUAAGACGAGAAAUCAACCGUGAUAAAGACUUAGAACGGCAACGGCGCUCAGAGCAAGUUAGAAGAAGCAGAAGAUCUCGAAGUAGAGAUCGAUAUGACGACUAUUAUGACCGACGAUCGAUGGAACGUGACAGACGAGGUCGAGACCAUCGCGAUUCACGACGAGGAUCAUCAAGAGAUCGCAACACAAGACGAUACAGUGCCAAAGACAGAGACCGAAAAGGAAAAUCUGAUUCAGAUAAAUACAAAGGUUCACUUAGUGAAGGGUUGAAGCACGACAAAAAUUCUAGCAGCAGUGAAAGUGAAAUCGCUGACAUUAAAAUCGAUGACGAUGACGAAGAUGAAGAGAAAAUUAUUGAAAAUCGUCGUAAGCAACGUGAAGAGCUUUUGAAGAAGUUGGGAGCGCCAAGUGAAGACAGCAACACAAUACAAUCAAUUGAAUCAACACCGAAUCUUAAGACUUUAGAUGAUGAAAUGGUUUUCUUGAAAACAUCUAAAGAUAAGCAAACGUCAGCAGGUUCACCGACAAUGGAAGUUUCUUUGACACCACCGAUAGAAGAAUUGAAUGAUAAAAUCAAAGAGUCUGAUGAUUUUACAAAAGAAAAGCUCAAAACCAAAGAAACAAAGAAGAACGAUUGGGAUAUGUUCGCUGAGCAAGAUAUUGACUCGAAUUUUGAUUCUCCAAAUACGAUCAUUGGCACAACUAAACAAUUAAGUGCUGAAAAUCCUGCACUGACCGACAAUUGGGAUGAUGCUGAAGGAUAUUAUCGAGUUCGAAUUGGUGAGACACUUGAUAGUCGUUACAUUGUCAGUGGAUACACCGGUCAAGGUGUUUUCAGUAAUGUUGUACGUGCGAAAGAUCAAGCGAGAGGUGGUUCAAAUGUAGCCGUGAAAAUUAUUCGAAAUCGUGAACUGAUGCACAAGACGGGAAUUCGUGAGUUGGAAUUUCUCAAGAAACUUAACGACGCUGAUCCUGAAGACCGCUAUCAUUGUUUAAGACUUUUCCGUCAUUUCUAUCACAAACAACAUUUGUGUAUGGUGAUGGAGCCGUUAAGUCUUAAUUUACGUGAAAUCUUGAAGAAGUUUGGAAAGAAUGUUGGUCUUCAUAUCAAAGCUGUUCGUAGUUACACGCAACAAUUACUGCUGGCAUUGAAAUUGCUGAAGAAAGUUGGAAUCUUACAUGCAGACAUCAAACCGGAUAACAUCUUGGUGAAUGAUUCAAAUUUAGUUUUGAAGCUUUGUGAUUUUGGUAGCGCAUCUUUAAUAACUGACAAUGAAAUCACGCCGUAUUUAGUGUCUCGUUUUUAUCGUGCUCCUGAAAUCAUUCUGGGCUUAAAUUACGAUUAUGGAAUCGACAUGUGGUCAGCUGGAUGCACAAUUUAUGAAUUAUACACAGGGAGAAUUCUAUUCAGUGGCAAAUCAAACAAUCAAAUGCUCAAAUGUUUCAUGGAUCUUAAAGGAAAAAUUCCUAAUAAAGUGAUUCGGAAAGGACAAUUUAAAGAUAAUCAUUUCGACACAAAUGGAAAUUUCUUAUCACAUGAAGUUGAUAAAAUUACUGAAAGGGAUAAAAUCGUUGUAAUCAGUGUCAUAAAGCCAAUUCGUGAUUUACAACAAGAGUUGGUAGCUAAUCAAAAUUUGCCAGAGGAGCAAAUGCGAAAAGUUGGUCAAUUAAAAGAUUUACUUGAUAAAGUUUUUUCCUUAGAUCCUUCUAAAAGGAUUUCUUUGAACCACGCACUUGCACAUCCGUUUAUUCAGGACAAGAUAUAAAAGAAAGUUUAAGGUUUAAAACUCUUACAAAUCGAUGGCUUGCAAGGCUGAUGGAGGUAAACCUCAAAAAAUCAAGUUGAUUCAAUCAUAACUAUUUCAUUAAUUAAAUACAUUAAAUAGCUUGCUGUGCUUAGUCAAUAUUUUGAUAAUUAAAAAGUCAGACAUUUGGGUGACAAACAACAAAAAAAAAAUUAAACAAAAAUCAUCUUUUACUUAGACGUUUAAUCAUAUUAAAUAUUUAGAUUUUAGUCUU